AUGAAUUUUCAUCAGUUACCGACGAGUCGUUGGAUUAAAAGUGUAUUGGUUCCAAUAAUUUCACUGAAAGGCAUCAAGAAUCAUCAAGUAUCAUUGGUACAAUUCAAAACUAGCAGUAAGACUUCUUCAUCGAGCUUCCUUGUAAAUUUCCUGAAUAUCAAUCGAGGACCUCAAUUAUUUAUGAAUUACCAUCAGAGUUGUGGUUUCCGAAAUCAAUCAACAACAGAUACUGCUUCUCCAUCAUUAUAUGAUUUAACUGCACGGGAUAUUCAUGGUAAAGAUUAUUCCUUGAGUGAUUUGAAAGGAAAGGUUUGCCUUAUUGUAAACACUGCAAGUAGUUGUGGCUUUACAAAACAAUUCGAAGAAUUACAACAACUCUAUGACAAGUACGGAGGCAGUGGAAAAUUUGAAAUAAUUGCGUUUCCCAGUAAUUCUUUCAAUCAAGAAACAGGUUCGAACGAACAAGUUUGUCAAUUUGCAAAAUCAAAAUUUAAUGUGACAUUUAAAAUCAUGGAAAAAAUAGACGUCAAUGGCGACUCUACUCAUCCAGUGUAUCAAUAUCUCAAAGAAAAGGGACCAAGUGGUCUGCUUGGAACUACUGCCAUCAAAUGGAACUUUACCAAGUUCUUGAUUGAUAAAAACGGCAAAAUUAUUGCAAGAUAUGCUCCAACGACAGCUCCAUCUUCGAUCACCAAAGAUAUUGAGAAAGCCUUAGAACAAUAA